UUUUGAGUCAUCAUUUUACCGUACUCAACUUGGAUUCUGUUAACAAUCAAAAGUUUUUACUUAAGAAGCAAAUUUCUUUAACCAAAAUAUCGUUGGUAAUUUUUCUUUUUCUAUUCCCCGCGUGGCAGUUACGCUAAUUCAUUUACAAUCGUAUAGUAAUAUUGUCUUGUAGACCUGACGUGACGUACGGAAAACAUAUUCCGACCUAUCAGCCAGCUGCAAAAUGGAAUCUGGAAACAAUUUACCCACUGACGGUAAUUAUCCUGGUGGUGAUCGUCAGCAAUUUUGCGUUUCAUGGAAUUCUCAUCAAUCUAAUAUGCAUAAUGCAUUUCCAAAAUUGUUGAGCUCGGAACAAUUUGUUGAUGUCACAUUGGCCUGUGACGGCGGCUCCAUAAAGUGCCACAAGGUUGUACUGUCUGCCUGUAGCGAUUAUCUGGAACGUUUGUUACUGGAUAUUCCUUGCACACAUCCAAUUAUUUUCCUGAGGGAUAUGAGGAUGUGGGAACUCCAGGCUCUCGUUGAAUUCAUGUAUCGAGGAGAGGUUUACGUCGAACAACAGCAAUUGGGAAAAUUAAUGCAGGCUGCUGUGGCUUUACAGGUCCGUGGUCUAUCGAAUCAAGGAAAAGACAAUACCGACUUGAAUGCUGAAUCUAUCUCCCAACAACCGAGCACCCCAACAACGCCAACGUCACCAACGAAACAAGAUUUGUCGCUGGACAUAAAAAAAGAGGACGCGUCUAUAAUCGAUGAAAGCAAUGGAAGCUUUUUCGAGUGCACGCCGACUUUUGGAACACCGACAAAUACUCCUUCAACUACUCCGACUGUGGCUCAAAACACUCAAAAUUCAGCUAGCAUGGAACACACCGAAGCUCUGCAACAUCUCGAGAAGGCACUGAGUGCUUGUGAAGCUACGCUCACCGAGACUCCAGGGCUUGUUAAAAUGGAACCAGACGAACAAUUUAAUCAGGAUCCUAAACCAUACACUAUUAGUAUGGCCCGCAGCACAAAUUGUACCCCGGGAAGCCCAUUUCCAGCUAUAGAAGGUUACCAAAGACGACAGCGCCGUUCGGAAGAAGAGUUAAAACAAGCCUCGGAUAUGGUUACUCGUGGUAUGACGUUCCAAGUUGCAUCAGAAAAGUAUAACAUCCCGAUAAGCACAAUUCGGUUCUACAUGGUACGCAAGGGGAUUUUGCAGAGGAGAAAACGAGGACGUGGAUCGAACACUCUCGGUCUAAACAGCCAACCAGGUAGCCCCGCCAGCCCACCUUUUCACAUGAUGAAUUAUCGAUUGCCAGAGAGCCUAAAUACUAGUUUACCGUAGUGCUAUUCUAAACAGUAGUGAGAUCAUAGAUUACAGUUAAGUGAAAACAAUUGAAUUGCACCAUCUUAGAGCUGUUCCAGACUAAUUUCGUGAUGAUGAUUCGUCGUUACUUUAGAUUCUGACUCGUUUUUUUGAUUCCCGAAUACAAAUUUAAAAUAGUCAAAUCUAAGAUCAUGGAACGGAAAUGAGCAUUGGUACGAUCACUGAACUCAGGUACUGAUGUUCUACCGAACUUCGUUUACCAUCGGAUUAAAGCUUGCAUCAUUAUGCGUCAGGCAUGAGCUAUGUUACAAAUGUAGAUUUUUAGGAUUUUGCUUUUGUGAGUUUGCAAUUCGGAAGUAUACUUACUAUUUCGUUCAUCAAACUCUAGCCAUUUCAUCCUAUGUCAAACGAACAAUAACUAAUAAGUCCGGAAUCAAUUCUGAAAUUCAUCAACGUCUAUUUGGCAUAAUACUCGUGAAUAUUGCCGAUUAACGCGUAUUGAAGGUAAAUAGUUACUUAGAGGCGUUUUUUGAUAAAAGCCCUCAGAAUUUGAAAAAUGCCUUGCUAUUGAUGCAGUCUUUUAAUUUAUGUACUUACUCAGAAUAUUGUUUUCCUAGAUUUUUUUUUACUUCCUUCUCCCCCUGAUUGUAAAUCAGAAAGUCAUUAUUACAAAUCUCAAUUUUCACUCGAAAUUAUUAGAUAGUAAGCGUGACCAAUUAGUCAAUCCCCCCCCUUUUAAGUCUUAGCUAUGACAUCAUCAAAGGUUGCCUUAUCAAAUGAGUUACUAUUCGCAAGUAGAAGUAAUUUGUGCGCACCAUUAUGUAUUUCGGGGAAGAAUAAUGCUUACGCAAAUUCUUUCGCAUCUUAUAUCGAUUUGUAGAUUAGAUCCGUAGAAUAAAGAAAAAUAAUCAAGCGCAGUUUUAACAUCUCAAGGCGAUUUUAUUGAUUGAUAGUUCAUGCUUGGAGCCAAAAAUAAUCGAACACAAUAUGCUUAUCACAUUUUAUUCUAUGUCUCGAACAGCUCGACCUAUGUACAUAUUUACCUUAGAAAUGUUUUUCAGAUUAACCAUAUGAAAUUCUAUGCUACGCGGUCAGUUUUCUGCCACAAUUGGUGUGCUCGUGAUCAUGUCGAUGGGCGUUUAGCUCAACUGUUUCACAGAUUGUAUGAACACCUUCUUCUCGACACCGAGGUGCCUAAAUAGUAGAUAUAUUCCAUAAUCUAACAUUGAUUUGUUCACGAUUAGUCUGAGAAAUAUUUGUACGGUACAUUUUGGUCCAGUUUCAUUCUUGAACUUAGUUUCCAGAAUUGUAAUUUAUCAUUACAUCGAUAUAACUUAGCCCGGGCAGCUUUUCUGUACAAUGAAGCAGCUUGAAAAAGACGUGAUGAAUUCUAGAUAAAAAUAACAUAAGAAUUCAGGCACAACGAUGAUCGGUUAAUAUUAUUUUAUCGUGUUAUCAGAAUCGUGAAAAUUUCAAACUACAUUUUAUUGAUCAGAAUCACUAAGUUCGAGACUGAAUUAAACUGGCAAUACUUAAUUAACUAGUAAUAACUCAGUAUCUGCGGCCCCGUCUCCUUAUACAGAUAUUUUUGUAGGCACUUUAUCAUGAAAAGUGAGUUCUUUCUGGCCAUUCGUUGUAAACCAUACGAAUACACCGAUGAAUUUGUGAAAUUAUACACAGUAAUAAUCAAUUAGACCGAUAUUCUUUCAGAGAUUACUGUUUAGCUUUGAUAGGCAUCACAAAUAAUGAGAAAUCAUGACAUACGUAUACCUAUACUAUAGUAAAUUAAAUAAUGCUUAUUACGCAAUAGUGUACAAACGUGAAGUUUUAAAUAGAUGAUAAAAGAUGAAUAAUGAAAUAAUAAUAAUCGAAAGAAAGAAGAAAAAGAAAAAAUAAAUAAAAUAAAAAAAAAAAAAAAACAUCAGUUUUAUUAAAAAUGAUGAAACAAAAUGAUAAUUUUUUAAUUUCAUCAUUUUUUUUUUAAACUGGUUUGGCCUUUCAGAGAAGUUUUGUCUGAUAGACAACAAUAAUUACUAUGCAUAUAAUGUGUAUAUGAAGUAGUCGAGCGAUGUAUUGCCUUUGUUAAAUAACAUUUUGAUAGAAUCAUAUUUUUCCAUACUAUGCAAUAUAAAAUCGUACCGUAUAAACUGAGAGUGCUCUACAGAUAAUAGUGCUGGACAACAUAAUAAUGUGUAUCGCUUCAUCUCCUUCUAACAAAUCAACUAUAUUCAAUCUCGUCAUCGGCCGCGCAUAGGUUCGUUAAACUGCUGAGAACUUUACAUUUCGGAGCACAUCGACAGCUUUGACCGCGUAUCUAGUUUGAGAGUAAAAAUUUAUUUUUGAACGUGGUCAGUGUGAAAUAAGUCCGACUUAUUCAUGUUAUGAUAUUCAGCACUUAUUCUCUAUACUCUUAGGUACAAAUAAUUGUCCUAAGCUUCCAAUCAAGAGAGGUUUCAUACAAAUUAUUGAACCCAGUAUUUCAAACCAAUGAAGAAUGCUAAAAUUCUUUGACGACGAUGCGUUUGUAAGAUGAGCAAAAUGUUGGGCCCUCCGUAAGGCUAUCGGUGUUUGUAUCUUUAUUUUUUAGCGGAAGUCCUCAUCAUACUCAUGUGUAUAAUAAUAUUUCAUAAAUUGUAACUAAAUAACAAUCAAAGGAGUGUGAGAAAUACUUAACCAUUAUAUUGUCUUAGCCACUAUUAGCAUUUAAAACGUAAGCAUUUUCCUUUUUUGUUCUCGCCCCUGAAUGCGAACUGUAUUCAAUUUCUGUCGUUUAUUAUUUAUCAAUUAUCACCUAUUUCUGUCCAGGUAUUAUUAUUUAUAGAAAUAUUUGGCAGCUGAUGAUAUUAAUCUCGAUACCUCAGCCUAUCAAUAAAUUUUUUCAGGGCAAUUAUCAAAUUUUCUUGUAAAUACGAAAAUCAAGGGUUUUGUCUGAUUGAAUUUUGUUUUUUCGAACCGAGUGUGAGCUCAAACAAAACUGCACUUUAUCUUUAUAUGAAAAUAACGUUACGAAUCUUGAUUAAUUGUCAUCAAGGACGCGAAGCGUAUUUCUUCGAGCCUGGUGCUUUUUGAGAACAAGUUUUUUCUUUUUGUUUUUUUCCCUCUAGUUGCCAGAACAAAUGAACUCGAAAAGAGAAAUAAGCGGGAUUAAAGGGAGUAUGUUCCUAAAGUUAAACAUACAACAAUAAUCGUGUAACUUGUUAUUCCGACACAAUUUUCGAGCAAUCAUAUUAUACGUGUAUGAAAAAAUUUACUUUGUUAAUAGUUCGUAUGUUCAUUUGCUCAUGAUAAUUCUGAUGAACACAUGCUACACAUGUUAUAUCAACAGUUCCCGAGAGUUAGAAUUAUGAAUAUAUUAAGUUUUUGUCCAAAUGGAUUUUCUACAAUCGAAUUUUUUUUAUCUAAGUGUAUAUUUACUUGAAAGGAAUGAAAAAGAAAAAAAGAUGAAUAAGUAGAAAAAUCUUUUUACUUCUUUUCUUAUUAUCCGCCAUAUAAGUUGCCAGCAAUAUUUGUUUGCAGCUUGAAAUAAUGAUAAUAAUAAUAAUAAUAAUAACAAUAAUUGCCAGGUUCUUAAAAUCAAAGUAUUUUUUGUUUUCAUUUUCGUGAAAUGAUUCAUGUUUUAAGGAUACUAUUAGUUAAUUUUAAGGACGUGUAAGAUGUGUUAGUGAAGCAUGCUUCUAAUUAGAAACUUAGAGCAGCAGUAUAAUAAUGAUAAUAAUAAUAAUAUUAAUUAUUAAUAAUACCGAUAACGCGAUAAUGAUGAUGAUGAUGGUGAUGAUGAUAAUGGUUAUCGAUAAUUAUAAACUAAGGCAUUUAUUAAGUGCAAAAGUAUUUCUUAAUAAAAGUAAUCGCAAGAACAGUUUGAAAA